GUACUAUUCCUAUAAUCGCUUCUAUUUCCGUGACUCUUGCGUAAGUAUCCCCCAACUUCAUCCGGGCACUCUUCAAUUGACCAGCAAGAGCUCACGUCUAGCAAGUCAGUUCUCCCACUAUCCUUACGAGCAACAAUGUUGGCUGCCACCACGAAGCGCAUGCGCUUGAGCACGAUGCACACGCUCAAGAGCUACGAUAAGAGCGAGCACCGCGUGCUGGUCAUCGGCGGCAACGGCUUCGUGGGCAGCAACAUCUUGCAACGCGCCGUUCAGAAAGGAAUCGAAGUGCGCAGCCUGAACCCGUCGGGUAAGCCUCAGUGGCAGGACGUGCCCUGGAUCGACCAGGUGGAUUGGCACAAGGGCGACGUGUUUGAUGACAAGCAGCUGGCCAAGGCCGUCGAGGGGGUCACGGGCGUCAGUACGUUCAGUCCAUAUUGAAGUUGAUCAUGUACUGACUUUAAGGUUUUGUAUGGCAGUCUCGACUGUGGGAGCGUUCGGCAACAAUGAGUUUAUGGAGAAAAUGUGCGGAGACGCCACGAUCGUGGCGGCAAGAGCGGCGCAGAAGGCGGGGGCCGAGCGCUUUGUAUUUGUCUCGAACUCGCGGGUGGGCUCGUACUACCCAUCGUGGCUACCCAUGUACGGCUAUUACCACGGCAAGCAGAGAGCUGAAAAAGCAGUGCAGUCGAGAUUCCCCAGCACGGGCGUGGCGCUGCGUCCGGGUUUCAUUUACGGUUGGCGACGCACGAAAAAGGGUCGAGGAAUCCCGUUGCAGCUCGUCGGAGCUCCAACUUCGCUGCUGGCGCGCGAUCUUGGUGCGUUUUCAACUGCUCUAAGCUACGUACCGUUUUUUGGAGAGGAAAUGCGAGCUACGAUUCCUGUUAGCGCAGUAGCCAAAGCGGCAGUACUCAGUGCGAUUGGCCCCGUUCACGGACACACGCUAGACACGACCAGUAUGCUGGAACUGGCUGCGUCAUUCCACAUUCACGAAGAAUAAACUUUCAACCUGCUGCGUCAGGGAAACGAGCCCACGCAAUACAAAAUACAAAUUUGGAUAAGGAAGUGAUUAAUCUAACAUUCCUAGCGAUAAUAAUUAUGGUCGAGAGAACUAAUCUCUACUGCCUUAGCCUAUCUGUUCAC